AUGUAUCACACCUGUAUCACAGGAGACCAGAGUAAGACACACCUCAAACACUCCUGUAUCACUCCUGUAUCACAGGAGACCAGAGAAACCAGAGAGACCAGAGAGACCAGAGAGACCAGAGAGACCAGAGAGACCAGAGAGACCAGACUGACUGUGUUUCCAGAUGUGGAGAGAUACUCUGAUAAAUAUCACAGCAGUGAGCCGACAGACGGAACGACAGACUGGACUCCAGACUGGAAGAGAUUCCCUAAAGAGCUCAGAGUCCACGUGAAGAAACCUGCCAGAGAUGGUGUUUCGGCAGCAGGCGGUCACUCUGACAGACUUCAGCCUGCUCAGAAGAAGAAACGAGUGAAAGAGAAAGAGGAAGUGCUGCUCAAACUGGAGUGUCUGGAAAAGAAGGAGGAGCGGGGGAGCUCGGGAGAGGAGGAGGAGGAGGAGGAGGAGGGAGGGGAGAAGAAGAAGAAGAAACCAGAGGAAGAGGAGGCCGAGGGAGAGGAGGAGUACGACGAGGAAGAGUUUGAGGAGGAGACGGACUACGUCAUGUCGUACUUCGAUAACGGGGAGGAGUUUGGUGGAGACAGCGACGACAACAUGGACGAGGCUAUUUACUGAAACACCAGCACGUCUGCUUCUGUCUCCAUAGAGACGAACCGUCCAGCAGCUGUUUGACUUUUUACUGUUUCUGAAAGGGAUGAGUCAGCAGAGGGAGCCCGCCAGGAGCCGCCAGGAGCCAUGAGGAGCCGCCAGGAGCCCUCUGCGUUCAUGUCGUUCCAACGUUUUUUAACUUUUGUAUCUGUGUUUUAUGUUUUUAUCAGAAAAGUGAAUUCUGUGUGUUUGUUGUGGCUGUUGGGUAAUAAACGGCUACACGAGG